AUGCUCAGAAUUUUACUUAUGGAUGUAAACGUAUUGGAAUCCGAAUUAACCACAAUCAAAACCCCUAGUGAUUCUGGCAAAUCAACUGAAGAAAUUAGUGUACAAAAGAAGCCAUCUGAUGCCGAUUUGAUCCCAAUAAAUAAAUUGACUAAAUCAACAUUAUCUGACUCAAACAGCCAAUCGUAUCCGUUAGUUGUUUUGGUUGCUUGUGGAAGUUAUUCUCCCAUAACACAUAUGCAUUUGAGAAUAUUUGAACAAGCAAAAAAUUAUCUCAUGUAUGAAUCUCCUAACCAAAAAUUCGAUGUCGUCGGCGCGUUAUUAAGUCCUGUUCAUGAUGCCUACGGAAAAAAGUCCUUAAUUCGUGAUUUACAUCGAAUAAAUAUGUGCAAAUUGGCUACUGAAGACAGUAGUUGGAUUGCCGUCUCAAGUUGGGAAAUAUCACAAGCAGGUUGGACGACAACGGCUGAAACAUUAAUGAAAUAUCAAACUGUGUUGAAUUCGGCUCAUUUGUAUACAAGUGAUAUUCGUGUGAUGUUGUUAUGUGGCGCUGAUGUCGUGGAAUCUACCAAAAUACCUGAUUUAUGGCGUCCCGAUCACAUAAAAUUAAUAUUUGGCACAAUUGGUGUAGUUGUCAUUGAGCGUAUCGGUUUAGAUUUACAAGUAUUGAUUGAGCAAGAUCCUGUUUUAUCACUCUAUAAACAGAAUAUUCAUAUUGUACCUCAAACAAUUAUCAAUAACAUUAGUGCAACAAGUGUCAGAAACUUGCUCGCUAAUAAUCUAAGUGUUAAAUAUCUUCUUCCUGAUAAAGUCAUUAAGUAUAUUGAAGAUAAUGAGUUGUAUGGCUACAGUAAAAAAGUAGCAGAACAAAGAAAGCAAAAAUAUAUUACAGAAUGUUAA